ACGGAUGUCUAUGAAUGGCAGUAUUUUGUCUGGCAACACUGUAAAGAUGGAAGUCGGAGUAAUGGCAUGCUGCAAACCGAAAUCGCCGGAUAACGAAAAGAGUAAAAAAUAUGACAGGCAGCUCAGGUUGUGGGGCGAUCACGGCCAGACGGCACUGGAAGGAGCUCACAUCUGUUUAGUUAACGCCACAGCAACAGGAACAGAAAUAUUAAAAAAUAUUAUAUUACCAGGUAUAGGAGCUUUUACAAUAGUUGACGGUAACAAGAUUACUGGAGAGGAUGUUGGUAAUAACUUUUUCCUUGAUAAAGAAAGUAUUGGAAAAUCCAGAGCACAAGUGGCUACCCAGUAUCUUCUAGAGUUGAAUUCAGAUGUACGAGGAGACUGUUUUGAAGAGACACCUGAAGAGUUAUUAGAAGCAAAUUCGACAUUUUUCAAUAAUUUUUCUGUCGUUAUUGGGACAUCUCUAACAGAAAAAACAUUAUUAACUCUGUCUGAGAAACUAUGGGAAGCCAACAUUCCUUUUUUAGUAUGCAGAUCUUACGGUAUGGUUGGUUAUAUGAGACUCCAAGUUACAGAACAUACUGUUACGGAAUCUCAUCCGGACGAUACGUUAUACGAUUUGCGAUUAGAUAAUCCUUUUCCUAGUCUGCAAGAACACGUCGAAUCUUACGAUUUUGAAAAUAUGAAUAAAAAGCACCAAGGAUGCCUGAAUCGCCUUUUACAAGAAUGGAAUCAUGGACCUCUUGGAAAAGAUGAUUACAUACAUGAAAUGUGUCGUUACGGAGCGUGUGAACUUCAUUCCGUGGCAUCCUUUAUCGGAGGUUGUGCAGCUCAAGAAGUAAUUAAAUUAGUCACGGGACAGUAUGUACCUUUCAAUAAUACAUAUAUUUACAAUGCGAUGACUGCAACUUCUUCUGUUUUCCAACUGUGAUAUGACGUAGAAGCGGUCAUUCGCGGAGCAUUUUAUUUUCAAUUCUGAAGUUUAUAUUGAUGUAAUUUAUUGAAUAAUAAUGCAAUGAUAAUAAAAUUAUUUCAUAUCAGUCAGUUCUCCCAA